GCCGUUCUUUCCUCCACAUCGUGCUCCCAUCCUUCCUUCUUCUGUGGGAACUGCAAACUUAACGUCUCCCUGCCAGCCAUGGACCCCAACUGUGACUGUGUGAGCGGUGGUUCUUGCACCUGUGCAGGCUCUUGCAAAUGUAAAUCUUGUCGAUGCACCUCCUGCAAGAAAAGCUGCUGCUCCUGCUGCCCAGCAGGAUGUGCCAAGUGUGCCCAGGGCUGUAUCUGCAAAGCCCCCCAGACUGAGAGUUGCAGCUGCUGCCAUUGAUGCUCCCACUUUUCUUUGCCUGUAAAUAGAAAUUGUAUAGACCUGAAUUAUCCUAUGCCAAAGAUAUGUUUUCUACUGUUUUUCAAUGAAACAUGAAUUAAAAUAAACUUGAUAUAUAUCUUUACAA